CAAAAAGAAAAAAAAGAAAAAAAAAACCUAUAACAAAAAAGCAGAAACAUGUACUGCCUGCCGCUGCCAGUGCCUCACUAUUGCAAGCACACGCACCAAUCCCACAACUUUCGCUCCCGAUCCAACCCUAAACCAAUCAAAGCCAUGAGAGCCGUCGUCCAGCGCGUCGCCUCCGCCAGCGUCGAGGUGGAAGGGCGCAUCGUGUCGGAGAUUGGGCCGGGCCUCCUCGUCCUCGUCGGCCUCCACGACUCCGAUUCCACCUCCGACGCCGACUACAUAUGCCGGAAGGUCUUGAAUAUGAGGUUGUUCCCAAAUGAAAGCACCGGCAGAGGAUGGGACCAAAACGUAAUGCAGAGAAACUAUGAAGUCCUACUUGUGAGUCAGUUUACAUUGUACGGAAUCUUGAAGGGCAACAAGCCGGAUUUUCAUGUGGCGAUGCCGCCUCAGAAAGCGAAGCCCUUUUAUGCUUCUGUGGUUGAGAGCUUCAGAAAAUCCUACAAACCAGAUGCAGUCAAAGAUGGUGUGUUUGGAGCAAUGAUGAAGGUUAAUUUGGUGAAUGAUGGACCAGUCACAAUGCAGAUCGACUCACAGUCCCCCAAGAACUCGAAUGAUGUGAGCGAAGAACAAUCAUGAUUUCGUCGAUUGGCUCAAGUGAAGAUUUAGCAAUGGACACAGGAAUUUGAAUAUCUGGGAUGUAACAUUUGACUUUCUUGAUUGAAAUGUUAAUUUUCAGGCAGAAUAUAUGGAUCGAUACAUCAAAAGGUGGCAUUCCUAUUAAUGUUUAUACAUUCUUGGUUUUCUGUU